ACAGCAUAAUGCAUAUGAAAUAUACAGUUGAUUUCUCCUAACAUCUAUUCAUGUAUUUUUCCUUUUAGCUUUUCUAAUAUUAGACAGAGAACAAGUCAAUUUGCGAGCCGAAUGUCCUUUCCAAUCUCCAUUCAGAAGCCAGUAGAUAUAACCAUUUGGAGAGACAAUGCCUUGUCCUGAAGGGAAAACAUCCACUGCAUUUCAACUUCCAGACAGAAAUAAAUAUUAUAGGAUGGAUUUGGAUAUCAAACUACACUUGAGAAAACAUGUACAAGUAUAUUCGUAUGCAAAGUUCCAGAACAUGUUUCAUACAUACAAAAACUGCAUGGGACAUUUUAAUAGAACUCCAGUUAACCUGAUAAAUGGCACAAGUGAAUACAUCAGAUGGAAUCCAGCACAGUUAUUCAAGAAAAUAAGAUUCCAACAUGUUGCAAGAAAUUUGAACUUUUUUCCUGUUGCAUAUGCCCAAGGUAAAAAUGAUGUUAAAACGACUGAAACAAAUACCAGUACCUCAGCAGUGAACUCCACAGAGACUGUUUCCAAGGCUACCUCAUCUGGUGUUGUCAGUCAGGAUGUUGCUACAGAAACCAAGCCUGAUAGCAAGUAUGCAGUGCGUGAAGAAGAUGUUGAUGCAUAUAUGGCACAGGAAACUGGGUGGGACAGAGUUAAAUUUUACUAUACUGAAAAGGAAGUCAUAAGCGAGGACAAUCCCAUGACAAUGCAUCUGGCAAAAAAUGCAUUGGUCGCUUUUAUUUUUGGAUUAGUAGUUGGUGCAACUAAAAGCAGCAAAGAGGCAGCGGAAAAAUUUAUUAAAAAGCACCAGACAUAUAAAUUCCAAAGUAAUUUUGCUGCACAGACAGCAUUAGCUGAGAGCAUUCGUGUUCACUCAUUAGUUGGAGGAACCAAGACGGGGUUUAAGUUUUUUCUUUUCAUACUUUGCUUCGAGUUCCUGUCGCAAAGCAUCAAUAUUUACUUUAACUCAUGUAGGUUUUACCAUUAUACUUUAAGUGCAGGUAUGACAGGCGGACUGGCUAUGUUCUACAAAGGCCCUGUUGCCAUGGCGUACGGGGCUGUACAAGGGGCGGUGUUGGGCACCUUGUAUGGCCUUAUUAACUUCAGAGACAUUGAUUUAAUAAAUAUGCACAGAGAUGAGGUCCGUGCACUUUUGCAGUCUCGAAAACAAGCAGAAGCCAAAGCCGCUGGUCUUUGAUGACCACAGGAGACUGUGUGCUAGCGUCUUCAACAACAAAACAUCUUUUUAUUUUCUUCUUAAGAGGCCAUCAAAAGAAGAAUUCGACAGUUCUCUUUUCCUUACCUUAGUUGAUAAGUCUUAAAAGUUGGGAAUAUAUUCAUUGUAUCUUUCAGUGACAGAAAAAGGCAGCAAUGUUUUUCAUUGUUAUUAUUUUUUGUGCAGAAACUUCAAAUGGACAAUACUUCAAAAAAAGGAGAAAUGCCCAGGAUUAGUGUGAAGACUUAAUUGAAAAAGAACUGCGUUAAAAUAUAAAGUGGGAGCAGCUGACUGCAAGUUAUAUACAUACAGCACAUUGACAUUACAGUACAUGGGCAUUUUAAUUCAUUUUAAACUCAAGUGUUAUUUGAAGUGAUGAACAUUUUCAGAGGUUUUACUGUUUUAUUCCCUCACAUAUAACUUAAUAGUAUUGACAUUUGCUGAUAUGGAUAUACUGUGACACUCUUGUUUCUUUACAUUUACGUUUCUUUAUAUGAAACCUAAUACAAGGAUGGAAAAUGGUGAAAACACGAUUGUUCUUAACGAGCUCUGAAUAGAUAGUGAUUGAUUUAUAGAUAUACCCCCGAAAUAAUUUUAACUGUUAGCAUGGCAAAGAAAAGACAUAAAAAAUUAUAGCACACUUAGCAUUUGUCUUUGUAUGAACGAAACAUAAUGCUUAAUUUAUUCUGAGUUGAAUAUUAAAUAAAGUACAACACUGUGACUGAAA